AUGGCCACAGCCUUUGCUUCGAAGAGGAGCCAGGUCCUGGUGACUCCGGAGCCCCACUACAUCCCGGGCUACACUGGUUACUGCCCUCGCUACAAGUUCAGCAUGGGCAAGACUUACGGGCAGCAGACGUGGCAGCUCCGGAGCAGCUUGGAGGUCCCGCGUCCCAGCCAGCUGGUGCUGCUGCCGACCCGUUGGUCCUGCCGAAGCACUGAGCUCCCAGACCUGCCGGGAGAGCCAGGAGCCUGCGCGGAGGCAGAGGCUCAGCCCCUGAGCUCCAUCGUCAUCCCUGGGUAUACAGGAUUCAUCCCCAGAAGCCAGCACUUCUUUGCCAAGACCUUCUCCGAGAUCUACAAGGAGGCCAAGAGCGACUUUGCUAAGCAAAGGCUGAGAGCUGCUGGCACGGAGCAGGCCUGGCUGAAGACGCAGCCGUUGCCGCAGGGCCCUGCACAGGAACGUGAUGUGAGACGGGCUGGAGCGCGUGGGUAUCUCACCGUGGCUCUAGGGCUGUCCCCCACCUUGCUCCGACCGGGCUGCCACCAGGGCCACCCAGCCCCAGCAGCAGCAGCAGCGGUGGCAGCCCCUGGCCCGCGUGCCUACUCCAUGGAGGAUGACGACCCCCAGAAAUACUUCAUCUCAGGCUUCACGGGCUUCGUGCCCCGUGCCCGGUUCCUGAUCGGGAAAAGCUACCCCGUCACCACCAACCGGGCCCUGCUGGAGUUCAGCCAGAUGGCCCUGAAGAGAGGUGGCAGGAGCGAGACCAAGGAAGGCAGCACCAUCCUCCCACCCCUGGGAAAAACCUACCCCACGGAGACGGGCCUGCUACCUCGCUACGCAGGCUACGUCCCAGGUUACAAGUUCCAGUUUGGUCAUACUUACGGUCACCUUACUCACAACGCCCUGGGACUGAGCACCCUGGAGAAGCAGCUGCCAGACUAA